AUGGUUCUAAAGUCUACUUCUGCAAGUGAUGUUUCAGUAUAUCAGGUUUCAGGUACAAAUGUAUCGAGAUCAUUACCUGACUGGAUCGCCAAGAAGCGUAAAAGAGAACUUAAAAACGAUUUAGAAUAUCAGAAUAGAGUGGAAUUAAUACAAGAUUUUGAAUUUAGUGAAGCAUCUAAUAAAAUCAAAGUUACAAAAGAUGGCCAAUAUGCCAUGGCUACAGGUACAUAUAAACCACAAAUUCAUGUCUAUGAUUUUGAUAAUCUCUCGAUGAAGUUUGAUAGACAUACAGACGCUGAAAACAUCGAUUUUUUGAUUUUAUCUGAUGAUUGGACUAAAAGUGUUCAUUUACAGAAUGAUAGAAGUAUCCAAUUCCAAAAUAAAGGUGGUAUUCACUAUACAACUCGUAUCCCCAAAUUUGGUAGAAGUUUAGCUUAUAAUGAAGUCAACUGUGAUCUAUACGUUGGUGCAAGUAGUAAUGAACUUUAUAGGCUAAAUUUGGAGCAAGGUAGAUUUUUAAACCCUUUUAAAUUAGAUACAGAGGGUGUAAAUCAUGUUUCUAUGAAUGCGGUCAAUGGUUUGGUUUCUGUUGCUGUAGAAGAUAGUGUUGUUGAAUUCUGGGAUCCAAGAGCACGUUCAAGAGUAGCGAAAUUAUAUCUGGAAAACCAUUUCGAUAGUAAUCCAUUCCAAGUUACAACAACAAGUUUCCGGAGUGAUGGUCUUAACUUCGCUUGUGGUACCUCUAAUGGUUAUUCAUACCUAUAUGACCUACGUACAUCUGAACCAGCCAUGGUUAAGGAUCAGGGUUACGGUUUCGAGGUUAAGAAAAUUAUAUGGUUAGACAAUAUUGGUGGUGUUGAAAAUAAAAUAUUGACGUGUGAUAAGAGAAGCGCCAAAAUUUGGGACAGAAUUGAUGGUAAGGCAUAUGCAUCAAUGGAACCAAAUGUUGAUAUCAACGACAUUGAACAUAUUCCAGGUACUGGUAUGUUUUUUACAGCAAAUGAAGGCAUCCCUUUACAUACAUAUUAUAUUCCAAACUUAGGUCCAUCGCCACGUUGGUGUUCAUUCUUAGAUUCGAUAACAGAAGAAUUAGAAGAGAAGCCAAGCGAUUCCGUUUACUCUAAUUACAGAUUUAUUACAAAGGGUGAUGUUAAGAAGUUAAAUAUUGGCCAUCUUGUUGGUUCAAAGGUUUUAAGAGCCUACAUGCACGGUUUCUUCAUAAAUUCAGAACUUUAUGAUAAAUUAGCACUAAUUGCCAAUCCUAACGCAUAUCAAGACGAAAGAGAAAGAGAAAUUAGACGUCGUAUUGAAAAAGAAAGAGAAUCUAGAAUUAGAUCGUCUGGCGCAGUACAAAAACCUAAAGUUAAAGUUAAUAAGACAUUGGUUGAUAAAUUAUCCGAGAAGCGUGGUGAUUCUGUUGCAGACAAAGUUCUUACUGAUGAUCGUUUCAAGGAAAUGUUCGAGGAUGAAGAGUUUCAAGUCGAUGAAAAUGACUAUGAUUACAAACAAUUAAACCCCGUCAAAUCUGCUAGGGAAACUGAAGAGGGUGCAGCCAAACGUAUUAGAGCUCUAACGGCAGCCGAAGAAUCAGAUGAAGAAAGAAUUGCCAUGAGAGAGAGGGGUAGAGGUGCAUACGAUGAUGAAGACGAAGCUGAGAGUGAAAGCGAGUCUGAGAGUGACGAAGAUAAAGAAUUAGAUGAAAAGACCCAAAAGAAAAUACAGAAACAAUUGAAAUCGAUUGAACGUAGAAAGAGAGAAAAUGAGCAAACUGCAAAUUUCAUGAGUGAAAUGAAAGUGGGUUCUCUUUCUUCCAGUUCUGAUAAAUCUAGUAAGGUAACAUUCGCGGAUCAAGUAAGUGCUCUUGACAAAGAAGCACAAGAAAAGAAGUCGGAUGAUUCCAUAAUGCGUCGUAAUCACCGUGGUGAAGCAGAGCUAACUUUUGUACCUAAGAAGAAAGAAAAGAAGCCUACAAAGAAGCAGGUUGAAUCUAAUGACGAAGCAUCUCAAAAGGAUAACGGUAGAACAAAGCAAAGAUUUUCUGGUAGAAGAAGUGCCAGUAAAAAUACAUUCCGUGAAAUGUAG